AUGAAUGGAGCUGCCCCAGCCAUGGCUCCCGUGCGCGUGGCCACUGUGAAGCGUGAGACCAAGGAAACAAGGGUGGAGGUGACCAUCAACCUAGAUGGCACGGGCCAGGCUGACAAUGACUCUGGCAUCCCAUUCCUGGAUCACAUGCUCGAUCAGAUCUCUUCGCACGGUCUGUUUGACCUCACAGUCAAAGCAAAGGGCGACACAUGGAUCGAUGACCACCACACCAAUGAGGACAUUGCUCUGGCCUUUGGCACCGCGCUGUCGCAAGCCCUGGGAGAUCGCAAGGGUAUCCACCGCUUUGGAAACUUCUCAGCACCACUGGAUGAGGCUCUCGUGGAUGUGGUGCUGGACCUGUCUGGUAGGCCCUACCUGGGCUACGACCUUGCCUUCAGGACCGAGAACAUCGGCAGGUUUGAGGUGCAGCUGGUGGAGCACUUCUUCCAGUCCCUGGCAAACACUAGUGGGAUGACACUGCACAUUCGUCAGCUUGCUGGACAGAACUCGCACCACAUAGUGGAGGCGGCCUUCAAGGCGUUCGCGCGAGCGCUGCGGCGAGCAUGUGAGGUGGAUCCUCGACGACAAGGCCAAAUCGCCAGCUCCAAGGGCGUGCUGACGCAGCAGUGA